UGCAGAGGCUCUUCUUCCACCCCCUGGAGUCCCGCGGGACCCCGAGCCAGCGGAGGAGGACUCUGCUUAUACCACCAGGCAACGGGCACAAGCCACCACGGAAGGCAGAGCUAAUCGGACCUGCACGGUGUGUUCACAUGAGAAGAGAGUUUCUAAAGCUCAAUCGAUACAUGUAUCUUGAAGUCUCAGAGGGCUUGGAAGACACUGCGGCGAGAGGAGACUGACUUUUUCUUACAGGCCAAAGGUCCUCACAACCAGGAGCUGCGUGUCCCUACAUUCUCAGGCCUUUUGUUACUUGGUUCUCUACUGUACAGCAAUAGCUACAGUUCUGACCGAGAGCCAUCAGGAUUUUCCAGGAGGACAAAGGUAACGGUGACGUUAUGACCUCGGCGGGUCUCCAGCUCCUUGCUUUUGCCCUGGCCUUAUCUGGGGUCUCUGGAGUGCUCAUGGCCACCCUGCUGCCCAACUGGAAGGUGAAUGUGGAUGCGGGCUCCAACAUCAUCACAGCCAUCGAGCAGCUGCAAGGGCUGUGGAUGGACUGCACGUGGCAUAGCACCGGGAUGUUCAGCUGCACCUUGAAGUACUCCGUGCUGGCCCUCCCCACCCACGUGCAGGCCGCUCGGGCUGCCAUGGUCCUGGCCUGUGUCCUGUCUGCUGUGGGGAUCUGCGCUUCCACAAUCGGGAUGAAAUGCACUCGCUUAGGAGGGGACAGUGAAACCAAGAGUUACGCUUGUUUCGCUGGGGGAGCCUGUUUCAUGGCUGCGGGGAUCUCUGGUUUAAUCCCGACGGUGUGGUACACGAAGGAGAUCAUAGCAAACUUUGUGGAUGUGACAGUUCUAGAAAGCAACAAACAUGAACCCGGAGGAGCUGUCUACAUUGGAUUCAUUUCGGCCAUGCUGCUGCUUAUCUCUGGCGCGAUUCUCUGCGUAUCCUCUAUAAAAAAGAAUUCGGAAGCUUGGCUCCACCCCCCCAAGCAGCAGCCCAUCUCUACCACCCAGCCAGAGGACCAUCCAGCAUACUGCCUGAAGGAUUAUGUGUGAAUAACUGUGUGAUGCACAUGACUUAGGUGCCUGCUGUGAUUUCUGUAUUUUAGAUUAAAUACAAGAAUUGUGCUUACCUUUCUCUACAAAGAAUGUAAAAUACUUAAAAAAUGAAGUUGUUCAAAAUGCCAACAAACUUCGUGUACAAUUAUCUGUUUUAGAUGAUUUUUCCAUUAUUGUUUUCAUGUUUUAUCUAAAGGUUUAUAAUGGAAAGAGGUUCUGAUUAUAUCAAUAAGGCAACGAACUGAUGGCUUUUUUUUUUUCCUUUUUAAGAUAAAUUGUUGAUACAUCUUCCUAACUGGUACUUCACUGGAUUUUAUAAAAGAACCCCAUUGCCAAGUAUUAAAAGCACCUUGUCCUGGUGUUAACCCAGGACACCCUCUGCUUUUGCUCCCUCUUCUCGGCAACCCCCCAGUCACCUGCUUCUGUUCUCAAGCCCCUCUACAGGCCUGUGUCCCACGUUGCACAGAGGGGCUGCCCGCCUCCUUCACAGGAUGCCCAAACCGGCCACCCCAAGUCCCCAUCUACCGUCACCUCCCCGGCUCUGUUGACAUUUUAGGAAAAAUAUCUCCAUAUAAUAUGGCAUUCAAAGAUUAGGCAGAAAUAAAGAAAAGAAAUUGGUAAAUGCUACCACAGCAAAGCAAAACCAAACCAAACCCAAACUGAAAUCUCUAGGACUUGUAAAGCAUCAAGUACAAGCUAAGUGAAAACAAGAAGUUUGUUUUAAAAUGGCUUAAGAACUGCCCUGUUCUGGCUGCUAAAAAGAGGAUUCUCCAGAUUAAGUUCAUUUACCGCUAUCAUUUUUGACUUACCCCUAUCACUUAAUAGUGCACUGAUUAGUAUCUGGAUGAUAAAGGUUACUUUCAAGUUGUCAUUUUUUUUUCUUUUAGGUUUGAAUCAUGUUAAUAAAAAUGUUUUUAUAAAUGAGCUGCUUCAAUUGGUUAAUGGAGGUAAAAAGAAUUCUUAAAGAAUAAAGGAUGCUUUAAAAGAUGUUAAAUUAUGAUAUGUAAUUCAAACACUUUAUAAGAAAAUAAAAAUUGAAUUUUCUAAUGUGCAAA